UAUGCAAAGAGCUACUCUGAAAGUAGAGAAAAUGAAGAGCCAAACGAGAGAUUUCCGUCUCUUAGCACUGUUAGAAAGAAGUGGUACUGUAUCCAUUUUACUCGUGUGGUCAUCACUGAUUGGGAUCCUCAGCCAGGAGAAUUUGUUGGACGUAUGUCAUUUCAGUCUUUUAAUCCUUAUAUUGAGAAAUUGAACGAAGAGGCAUUAAACGGUCAAAGAACAGAUGGUUCAACCAAAAGUUGUAGCAGUAAUGAAGGAAAGAUGUCUGUUAGUCAAAAUGCAUCUUGCCUUGAUGAACCGGAGUGUCCAGAGGUCGAGCCUAGCCAAGAAUCUAACGGUGACAUGAAAAGAAAGCAGUCUGAGGUAGUGUUUGAACAACAAUAUCCAAACAAGUUUCUGAGAAAUGGAAAAGGCAAGAAGUUGGACUGGAGUGUCCUGAAGCGGUCAAAACCUCAAACCCAAACC